GGUGGAGUGUUUGUAGCUUGUUCUUAGAACAGUUGCUUAGAAUUUAAACUUCUCAUCUAGUUGGCUGUUUUAAUCUGGAUCCUUGUAAACACAAUCAUCGAUCUGGUGAAUCAGCUGUUGUCAACACCAAGAAGCCUCGAUCUGCGUAGAGCCUGCAGUCAAAAAGAGAAAACGACAGAGCCCGAAAUAAACUGAGAAUAAAUCUCGUCAUGGCUGAAAGGAUUGAAGGCUGAUGCAGAGAUGGCUUUUUUCUGAUGAACAGAUAAGACAUUUCAGUGGCUCAGUAGGUAGCUAGCUACCAAUCGUGCACUUGUUUUCUUGAUUCAGUGAGGUAUCGAGUUUCCUAUGUUGUUUUUUUGUUUGUUUGUUUGUUGCUAUGGUCAGUGUGUUAACUUGCACUUGUUUUCUGCUAGCUAUGAGAAACCCGUAUCCACCGCCACCUCCUUCAUCAAGUAUUGGAGCUAAUAUACAACCCAUACAUAUACCUCAAACCAUCAGAUUCAUCCGCGCAGAGCAGCAGUACCGAAGCACAACCCACAUAAACAAAAGAACUCCUGUAGUAACCUGCAAUUUUAUGUUUUAAACAGAGAUGGCGAUCGAGAGGCAAAAGUUAAACACUGCAGCUUUAAGUACACUUUUAUAUUCCAUAUCUUGAAGAUAUUCAAGAUAUUCACAAAUACAUGGUGUUAUAAAUAAAUGUGCAAUUAAUAACAGCAAAAAUAAAAAUAAAAAUUUAAAUUGAAUUUACACACGGCCAAAGCUUAACACACCUCCAUUUACAACAUAGUUAUCAUAGAAGACCAUACUGCACUGUCAUACGGUAGAUAUAGUAUUAUAAUUAUUCCAGAUUUUAUACCAUAUUAUUCCCUAGGUGUAAUCUUAAACCAUGUAAACGGGUUUUAUUUCAUAUAGUACAUAAUUUAAAAGAAAAAAAAACGGCCAAACAUUAUAUGCAUAGCGUAAAUUAGCAUUUAUGUAGGCCAAUUUCCGCCUGAAAUGGCUGAAUCCUAUUACCUAGUGUUGCGCCCUACAUAGGGUGCAGAAAGCCCUUCUUUCAUAGCACACAUAGAGGGAGCCUAUAGAGGGAGCACGCUGCGGUUUGGAAACGAGCCCGUGGUUCAAGACAGCUCACCGGUCGUUUAUUGUGUGUUGGUGAAGAAGCGAGUGCGUUCAGCUGGGGGAGCUGGUGCUGUGCUGUGCUGUAGUAUAGUGUGUGUAGUGUGCUGUGGACAACAUCUGUCCGGGACUCCAUCUGUAGACGUGAAAGUGGAAUUUUCCGACGGGUUUUGAAGAUGUGUACCCUUUGCUGUUUAUCUCAGCUGGCGUGCUGCUGCGGCGCGGCGCCCUGCUCGCUGUGCUGCAACUGCUGUCCCAAGAUCAAGCAAUCCACAGGGACACGCUUCAUGUACGCUCUCUACUUCAUGCUGGUCACCAUCACCUGCGUGAUCAUGAUGUCGCCCACCGUGGAGAUGCAAAUGCGUGAUAACAUUCCAUAUUACUCUGAGAUUUGUAAAAAGCUGAACGCUGGAGAGAACUGCAGCGCUCUGGUCGGCUACUCGGCCGUCUACAAAGUCUGUUUUGGCAUGGCGUGCUUCUUCUUCUUCUUCUCCAUACUCACCAUUCGAAUUCAGAGCAGCACGGGAUGCCGGGCGGCCGUACACAACGGAUUCUGGUUCUUGAAGUUUUUGGCUUUGCUAGCCUGCUGUGCAGGAGGCUUCUUCCUACCGAAUGAAGACAAGUUUCUCGAAGUGUGGCGUUAUGUGGGAGCUGCCGGGGGUUUCCUCUUCCUCCUAAUCCAGCUCAUGCUCCUGGUUCAGUUUGCUCACAGAUGGAACCAGAACUGGAGUUCGGGUGUAGACCACAACAAGCUGUGGUAUGCAGCGCUGUCCUUUGUCUCGUUGGUGCUCUUCUCCGUGGCAGUGGGGGCUCUGGUCUUUAUGGCCAUGUACUACACGCAUUCUGAGGCCUGCUUCCUCAACAAGGUCUUCCUGGGGGUGAACUCAAGUUUAUGCUUCAUCGUCUCACUGCUGGCUAUUUCACCCUGCAUUCAGACAUUCCAACCGACUUCAGGCCUGCUCCAGCCAGCUAUCAUCAGCGUCUACGUCAUGUACCUCACCUUCUCAGCCCUGUCUAGCAAGCCCAUAGAAACGGUGGAGCAUGAUGGAAAGAACCGUACCGUCUGCACCUUUCCUUUGUCCGGAUCAGACGGUGACAGAAAUAUAGCGACGGGAGUAGGAACGGCCAUUUUGUUCGGCUGCGUGCUUUAUUCAUGUUUGACCUCCACGACCAAGAGGAACUCGGCAGUGUUACGAGUGUACAGAAACUCCAUGCAAGAGAAUGAGAGGGCACGUUGCUGCUUCUGCUGCACUGACUAUGCCGAUGACUAUGAUGAGGAGGAGAAGAGUGCAGGAGGACAGAAUGUCAUUUAUGAUGAGAAAGAGGGCACCGUCUACAGCUACUCCUACUUCCAUUUCGUCUUCUUCCUCGGCUCGCUCUACGUCAUGAUGACGGUCACGAAUUGGUUCCAUUAUGACAAUGCUAAGAUCGAGAGGUUGUUGGAUGGGAGCUGGUCAGUGUUCUGGAUCAAGAUGGCGUCUUGUUGGGUUUGUCUCUUCCUCUACAUGUGGACCCUGGUGGCCCCCAUGCUCUUCCCAAAGAGGUUUGAAGCAUAAAGGCAGAUUCCAAAUACAUCCCGUCUAUCCUACCAGUCAAACGUUCUGUAGAUUUUAUGUUACUGUUCCUUAAGAGUUCAACUGCCUGACACCUUAAAUACAGAUCGAUGGAGAUUUGUUACUUGUAUGAGUUUUGAUGUCAUUCCGAAGGAAAAUGGAAACCAAGGUAUGAAAGCAAAGCAUUGCUCAGGCUCACUUCACUGUUACUGUAUUGUGUGUUACAUGUGCAUUUUUUUUGAUAGAUAAAGUAUUCUAUGCAAGUCAACCAAGAGCAUGUGUUUAAUUCCAACAUUAUGUAUUUUUUGUUUUCCUUUUUUUUUUUUUUUUUUUUUUUAAAACGUUACCUUGUGUUUUGACUUUCAUGUUUAUAGGACGUUUUUAUUUUUAUACACAGUUCACACCAAAAUAAUAGAUAGCUGUGAAGAACAUUUAUUUUACAGUGUAUUAGCUAUGUCUUAGCCUAAUAGAAUAUAAUGAUUGUUGGGGAAAGCAAACAUUCCUGGAGCACUCUCCCUUUAAUUUUAGGCUUGGAGAAUUUUAAGCUUCUGAACAAUGUCGCUCAGUAAAGAAAAUGACUCUUUCAUAUUGGAGUGUCUAAAAUACAGUUAGCUUAGUGGUGAUGGUGGCGAUCAUCUUUUAGUGCUGUGGUGUUUUGCUUUGUUUGUUUGUUUGUUUGUUUGUUUUUGUUUUGUUUGCUUUUUUUUAAAACAUUUUUUUUUUUUUAAAUAUUACAUCCAAAUGUGCCUUGGAUGCUCUAAAUUAUUUGAACGUAUUAGAGCCAUACUCAUGCUCUAGACUUGCAUUUACUCAUCCCAGUGUAAAUAAGUUGCAUUUCACACUACACUACAUGUGUGACACUGCCAUGUAAAGUCAGGUUAAAAUGAAAAUGUUCAAAAUUUGUAAGCUUAGUCAGUUUUGAUCAUUUGUAAUUAGUCGGAAAUUGUUGAAAUAAGGAAGUUGAAGUGGUGCUUAGUUUAAGCAUACAGUUUAGCAGUACCCUUUAAUCUUAUGUUGCAUCUGCUUUAUAUGUUUAUGAUGUUUAUGAUGAAAAACAUGUGUGAAACUAAAUAUUGAACUGGAUUUCUUUUAAAAGUUCAAAUGUG